CGGGAAUUGCGACUCAUCGUUGGCGCUUCUCUAUAGAACCCUAAACUGUUCGUAAGUUAAAAUCCUCUUUCCGCCCGAAAGAUUUCGUUUCUGCCAACGCGCCACCGUAGACAUCUGUUUUCACUCAAGCUCGGACGACAUUUCAACCUUUAACAGUCGUUGAUCUUCACGCGUAGAUAGACUUCAGGCUAUCACCUCAAACCUCGAGUGAAAAUGUUGUUUUUCUCGUACUUCAAGGAUUUGGUGGGCAGAGAGGUGACAGUUGAGUUGAAGAACGACCUAGCAAUUAGAGGAACCCUGCAUUCUGUAGAUCAGUAUCUCAACAUCAAACUGGAAAACACCAGGGUUGUUGAUCAAGACAAAUACCCUCACAUGCUCUCUGUGAGAAACUGUUUCAUCAGGGGAUCAGUGGUGAGAUAUGUUCAACUUCCACCAGAUGGUGUUGAUGUCGAGUUGUUGCAUGAUGCCACCAGACGCGAGGCUCGAGGUGGCUAAUAUCACUUGGUUUGUAAGUUUUAAUGGAAUUACAUGGAAAGUAUUAGAGUGCAAUUUUUAGCGUUGUAGUAGUAGAUGCAAAAAGAGACUUAAGUUGUAAACAAAUCAAUAGUAAUCUAACAACGUAUAUUUCUUUUAAAA